AUGGGUAAGUCGUCUUCUUUUAUGUUCUCUGGCCUGUCUGCGCCCUCUAAUCUCUCGUUAUACAAGGGAUAGGAGGGCGAAGGUAGGUCAGAGGGUUCCGAAUUUUGGAUUUUCGCUUCAAGAUCCAUUUUUCCUAAGGUUAAAAUAUACAAUAACCAUCCAAUUUCAGCGUGUCUACGUGCUGGGAUCAAGCCAGAAGACAUUCCCUAUGCAGAAAACGAAGUGCAAAAUGAAAAGUGAGGGAAUUUCAUUGUCCUGGAGCAUAAAAACAUGUAAAUCUUAAAUUUCCACUCAAGACCCAGCCUUGCGCCUUUAAUAACUAAAAGAAAUUCAAAUAUGAAUGGACUGAUUUCUAGUAAAAAAAAAACUUUUCAGUUAGACUUCUAGAAGACAAAAAUGUCAAAACCGGAAAAAUGAUAAGAAAUUCAAAAAAUUCCACUCAAUACCCCGCCCUGCGCCUUUAAUAACUCAAAGCCGUUAUGAAUGGACUAUCUCCAACUAUAACCCGAAAACGUUCCAGAUUCGAGGGUUUCGUGAAAAACACGCUAGUUGGAGACCUGAGCACCGAUACCUGCUUGGUAAGCUCUCAAAAGGAAAAAUCUCAAAAAAGCAAAUGAAUUCCAGAAAAUGGGGGCGUUUUUCCGGGGCGAGAAGAAAGUCUUCUUCAUCUUUUCUUUUGUGAGUUCUUGUUUAUCCCAAAAAAAGGGGUUUAAUUAGAAAAGAAGGAUUGCAGCUGACGGCCGUUCUUCUCUUUUUGCUGCUUUUCGUCAUCGGCUGUGGAAAGUUGCUUUCGUUCAGUUGUUCGCCGAAGAGGAGAUCCCUGACCGACGAAACGGUGAGGCUUUCGAGAAAAUUGAGAAUAAGUGAAAAAAAAAAAAAAACUCGAUUUGAUAUCCUGAACUUGACUGUACACUUGAAUCUCAAAACGAACCCCUAAAUCUCAAAAUAAACCCUUGAAUCCCAAAAUGAACCCCUUAACCUCAAAAUGAACCCCUAGAUUUCAAAACGAACCCCAAAAUCUCGAAAUGAACCCUUGAAUCUCAAAAUGAAACCCUUAAAGGCAUAGGGGCAGUAAAAACGGUGUUUCAGUUCAAAGCAAUACUUUGUAGAGCUUUUCAUUGAGAAUCGAACGGUUUAUUUGAAAGCGUAUCAAACUUCCUAGUUUUGGAGAAAAAAUAAUUCAAAGUCGGAGAAAGGACAGCUUGAAUUCCCGCCAGAAGGGCGCUUUGGAGUAAAGUUGCUCUAUGGAUAACACCUAUCGCCAUUUUUCGGAUUUUCGCUUUUUUCUUCGUUUCUUUCAAAUUUCAAUUUUUUUCUGUUGGCGUCAAAGUUCUUUUCGUUACAAAAGCUUUCUAUUCAUGUAUAAUUUGCAAACUUUGAUAGCAAAAAAGCGUUUUUCGUGAAAAAUGAUGAUUUUACACAGGUUUCGAUUGGGAUAGCGAUUAUUUAUGUUUUUUUUAUUAACGGCGUGUGUUUUUUGUUUGACUAAAUGUUUUUUUCAGAUGAGAAACCCUUUAUUUGAAGCAGUCAUUACUCACAAAAUGCGAGUCUAACGAGUAGUUCGCAACAUCGCGUGCACGGCUACUGUAAACAUUUGUCCGUAUACCGAUCCAAAGCUUUUUUCAAAAUUAAAGGCGGGAAAGUAAAAUCGCGUUUUUCUUCAAAAUUAGUCAUUUCUGUAAUGUUUUUGAGUACACCAUUCGAUUCGCAAAGAAAAACUGUACAAGAUACUGAUUUCACCUGAAACCCCGUUUUUUAUUGCCCCUAUGCCGAGGAAGAUAUGAAAGGAAAAUCGUAUACAGGCCCCAAAUUUAUCAAAAAUCGAGAUACGAAUUUCAGCAAAUAGUGCACAAAAAGAAGGUUUACAUUGGAGUGGCCCUUCUAGUGGUCAGCUUCGCCUUGAUCACCAUGGGCACGGUCGACUAUUUCGACGGCAAGAGCAUGGUCGAGGAGCGGGCCGACAACGCCGACGAAAUGAUUCAAGUCCUGGCCAAAGGUUGCUUCUUCACUAGCCCAUUUUCUCGUCUUCUUUUUGUCAUGUACCCAAUUUUCAGAAAUGGGCAACUUCACCGUGCAACUUCAAACCGGGAUCGACUGCAUCCUGCAAAAGUACAGCCAAGAGUUGCCGAAAAUCAUCGAGAAGGAGUCGAAGAACAUUUCGCAAAUAAUUUACGACAAGGAGCUGGAGCCGCUGAACAAGAUUGCCGACGAGGUUCGCAAGAACGAGAAGAAGCUCGGGAAAUAUGAGGCGAUUCUGAAGUUGGAGACGGCAAAGCUGAACGGAGCUGCGACGCAACCGCUUCAAAAUGAGGUACGUUUCACGUGGAAUGGCUCGACGCGUUGCGGUCGCGCUGCGGUUUUUGGCGGUUUCUAGGCUUCUGAUGAAGGCUGGGUCUUUGAGACGAAACGGCCCGGUACUUGGGAAUCCCAGAGUGGCCCCUUUAGGGGUUAGGAGACGAAAAAAUGGUCCCUACAACGGUAAAACCAAAGUGGAACCCCUAUAGAUGUCAGGGGGAAAACGGUCCCUAUAGGGGCGGGAAAAAAGUGGUCUCUAUAGGAGUGAAAACAAAGUGUUCCCUAUAGGGAUCAGGGGGAAAACGGUCCGGGGGCGAAUAUAGAGGCUGAAAAAAAUGGUCCUCAUAGCGGUAAAGCUAAAGCGGUCUCCCUCGGGGUAAGGCGGGAAAAAAACCCCUAUAGGGGUCAGGAGAAACAGUCCUUCUAGGGGCGGAAAAAGAGGUCCCUAUAGGGAUUUAGGGUCUGACCCCUUAGCCCCUAAGUAGACCCAUAAGGGGUCUUCAAUUUUCAUUCAAAAAACGCUACUUUUCCAGUUUUUUCCCAUGAAAAUGCUUCUUUGCUUAAUCACCAACCAUUUCCCCUAUAGGGACCACUUUUGCAAGCUUUGGUGAUCCCUAUAGGGGUUGUUGAAGUGGUCCCUUAAUGGGUAAAAUCAAGGUGGCCCCUGUGAGGAUUUAGAGUCUGAACCCUCCGUUCCUAAAACUCAACUGGACCCUAGAGGGGCUGUUGAAGUGGUCACUAGAGGGGUCGCUCCAAUGGCCCUUAAGGUUGCCCCUAUAGAGACCACUCUGGUGUUUUUGAGCAGAUUAUAUUUUAAGAGCGCUGGAACAUUUUUUCAGGCGAGCCGCUUCGCGACCGCGUCGCGUUGAGCCAUUCUCACAGUUCCCAGAAAAGUGUAUACCAAUUCUUUUUUUCCAGCUCCAAUCCAAAGUGCUCAAGCCGCUCAGCGAUUUCACGUCUUCUCUCAAAAAAGUCACGAAAAAAAUAGACGAAAUUACAAAGAACAUGAAAACGGUUGAUCUACUCUCAAAGUUUUUGAAAAAUGGUAUUAAUUUAGAACAAUACCAAAACCAAGCCUGGCGACUAUGACAAGGUGUUGCGGGAAGCCCGGGACGACCUCAGAAAAGUCCUUUUGUUCUCUUCAAAAAAUUUCAGGAUAGAAAAAUUACAGAAACUCCGCCUCAUUUCGAACUCGAUGCAAAACAUGGGGAAAAGCACGGGAGCAAAGAUUAAAAACUCGGUGAGCUUUGAGAAAAAAGAAACUGAGCCUUUGGAAGGCUUGAAAGAUCGUUUUGAGAUUGGGCUUGGGUUAAUUCUUCCGAUGACAGUUCGCGCAAACCGCUGUAGGUCUGUCGCGCCUAUACUUGUUCCGCUUCGAUUUUAAAAGCCACUCGUGUCAGAUUUGCUGUGGAACGGGGUUGACUAAGCAAAUUCUAUGCGAUCCAGCGCAAGUCGUUUUCCGUCGGUUGCAUUUUCAACGAUUAUUAAAAUCCUUGGCCGACGAUGGGAAAUCUCAAAGCGUCACGGCAGUUCUACUAUGGAACCGGAUUGCAAAUUUCAUGCGAUCCCGCGCAAGUCGUUUUCAGUCGGUUGCAGUUUUAAUAGACCAAAGCAUUCUUCCGCGUCAGAGAAUUUCGUACAGCUUUUUCCAAAAAUUGUCUUAAAAUGGUUAAUUUUGUGACAAGAUAUGCUGGAAUUGCUUUGGUCACAAUGCACAGCACUUUAGACUUUUUUGCAACCGACUUGAAACGACUUUGAACCAGCCGUUGAAAAGCCUCAAAGUCUCACGUUCGAUCGACUUGAAAUAGAUUUUAGGCGAUCGCGCGCAAGUCGUUUUCAGUCGGUUGCAGCUAUAAUGAACCAAGCCAUUCCACUUGUAGAAAACGUAAACGACUGAAAACUACUUGCGCGAGCUGGCAUCGAAAUAAUUCCAAGAGAUUUUUCGUCUUGUUUUGUGUGCUGGAUUUGCUCUAGACACAUGAUACAAAAGACCACGCUUGGGACUUCUUUGCGACCGACUUGGAACCAGCCAUUGAAAAGCCUCUAAACCUCAGGGUCGAUAACUUCGUUCUGUUACAAGACAUGCUUUGGUCACAUGAUACAAAAGACAGCGCUUGGGACUUCUUUGCAACCGACUUGAAACGACUUGGAACCAGGCAGUUAUUUGUGGACUUCCUCAUUCCAGAUGACGACCACAAUGAAGUCCGUCUUCACCUGGAUGAUAAUUCCGUUCAUCUUGGCCUGGAUCAUUCUUCUUUUCGCCGUCUUGGCAGCGAUUCGCCUGAUAGUCGCCUUUGUCAAGCCCCAGCUCCCGGCCGAUAUCAGCUGUUCUGUCAUUUGUGAGUCGCUUAACGGGAGAGUGGUCCCUAGAGUGGAACCUUCAAGGACCCCUAUAGGGACCACUGUGGGGUUUUUCAAGCCUUUCAGACGUAUUGGAGACGAAUAUCCCAAGAUUUUCAGCAUUCGGCGGCUUCUUCUCCUGGCUCGGCAGCGCUCCGAUGUACAUUUCGGCGUCGUUGGUCUUCAUGACGGUUGUCAUUGCGACGGCGUUCAUCCUCGCCAUGUUCCGCCAUCAGACCAUUUUCUACGCCUUGCCCGAGGAGGACACGACUAUCAAGCUCGACGUUGGCGGUGUGCCAGUCUCCAUCGUUGGAAUGUUGGUCGUUUGAAAAUGCUCCCCCUGUCCCUAUAGGGAUCACUCGGGAUAUACCAAAAAGGCGUACCACUUGAGUGGUCACUUGGACGGCCUCCACUGGAGUUCAUAGAAGAAUCCCAUCUAUAGAUAGAGACCGCAGACGAAUUUUCAAAAAUUUUUUUUCAGCAUUGAGCUUUGUAUGGUUUGAUAGCUGUUUCGAUUCAAAACUCAGAACCGUUUAGUUUUUCAAAAAAGAUUGCAAAUGAAAAAAGUUAUGACGAAAAAUGUGGCGCGCCGCGCACCAUUUUUUUAGUACUGAAAUUUUGGUAUUAUCCAUUUUUGACAUUUUUCUCGAUUUUUCUUCUAGAAAAAGUUUUGAUAAUGGUCUAUUAUGAUGUAACAAAUCAUAAUAGAGUGCUAAAAUGAUAAAAAUUUGCUAGUUUGCCGAAAAAGUCGGUAUUUUCCAGAAAACAAAAAACUGACGCUUGCGGGUAUCGAACUCGCGACCUCAAAAUGCAAAAUCGCAGCGCACGCGCUGCGCCAAGCUGUUAGGUCUAGCGAGGGGAGCUUCCAUCCGCCAUACCCUUAACCCAUUUGGAUAGCACAGAUUGCCUAUUUCAAAAAGAAAAACUUGAAGUAAUUAAGCUAUUUUUAUCAGAAUAUGCUCGCAAAUCUUUACUCAAACUUUCGGUGGAAAUUCAUCGAAAAAAAUUGUUUUUUUAGUGCUUUUUUUGGCUCGUUUAACGAUCGCUGCAUUAAAACGGCCCCGUAAAUUUUUUUGGCAAAGACGAAUUUUUUUAUUUUUAUUCUUUUAAUUGAAAGAUUUUUUUACUAAUAAAUGUAUAUAACCGUUUAAAAAACUUGCGUUCGACCGCUUUUUGUGUUAUAAACGCCGCUAAUUUUAUUCUCUAGUUUCAAGAACAUUUUUUUGCGUAUUAAAAAAACUAUUUCAAGCACAUAUUCUGUGGAGAAAAAAAUUUAAGUAAGCUCACGGUCUAAAUUUUUGAAAAAAACAAAAAAACUCGAUUAUAUUCGCUUAUUAACGAUAUUUUGAAUUAUGACUUUCGGCGCUCCUUGAAAUUUUUGGCAAAGACGAGUUUUUUAUUUUAUUGUUUUAAAAUUACCGUUACUUGAAUCAAAAUCAUUAUUUAAAAAAAAAAAGAGUGCGUUCGACCUGAAAACACAUGAAAAGGCAAAAAAUGACAAAAAAUUUUAGUUCCAUUCAGGUUUUUGUACGACAUUCCGCGAGAACGCAUCAAAAAAGCGUGAAACAUUUUUUAAACGAAAGAGGAAGCUUUUCUGUACAUGUAUGUCAAAAUUUAUUAUCCAGUUCCACAUAUUUUGCAACUACAACAAAAUGGAGGUUGAAAACCAAAAAAAAGCCACUUUUUCUAUCACGAAAAGGGGCGUGGCUUUGCGGUCCCUAUCUAUAGAUUAACUCGGACUGUGGUAGAACGUUUCUGAUCACUUAAGAAUUUUCUGAGCAGUUCUAGGGACCACUUGAGGGUUCAGAAGUCGCUAAAGUGGUCCCUAGAAAUGCUCAGAGACCUCCGGUUUUCUGGGCGAUUCAAGGGAUCACUUAAGAGCACUGAGGCUACUAAAGUGGUCCCUAGAGACGUCCAGAAAUGAACAAACCUCUCCGUUGGAGCGCGAUUGCCUUUCAGGGAGGUCCUGUCUGCGGCAAAAGCCGGCAAGAAUUGGUUCGAGCCCCUUCAUUUCGACAUCAUUCUGGACGCCGUCUUUGACAAGGUGACUUUUUAUGGAGUUAAUUUUUCAAACUUUUCUCAGGUAUCGGUCGAAAAGGUGAUCGAAGACGAGAUGGUGGAUGGUUUGGACCCGAGCAAGUGGGACAAGGAUCUGAAGGCCUAUGAUAAGGAUAUGGUAAGUAUAUGGACGCGUUAAAAUUGAUCUAAUGGGAAAAUUUUUAGUAGCCACUGUAGGGUUUUGACGUUUUAGUGGCCACUAUAGUAGUCAAAUUAGUGGCCACUUAAGGGGUUAAAAGUUAUUUUCCACUAUAGAGGUCUAAAUGCUACUACUAGACCACAAAAACUGUUAGUGGCCACUAUAGGGUUUUGGCGUUUUAGUGGCCACCAUAGUAGUCGAAUUAGUGGCCGCUAUAGGGUUUUGACGUUUUAGUAGCCACUAUAGGGUUUUGACGUUUUAGAGGCCACUUUAGUAGUAAAAUUAGUGGCCACUAUAGACUUUUAAACUUUGAGUAACCACUGUAGUAGUCAAAUUAGUGGCCACUAUAGGGUUUUGAUGUUUUAGACGCCACUAUAGUCGUCAAAUUAGUGGCCACUAAGGGGGUUAAAUAUAAGUGAACACUAUGGAGGUCUAAGUGCUACUACUAGACCAGUAAAAAUUUUAGUGGCCCCUUUAAGGGUCAAUGGAUCAACAUAACUGGUCCAAUAAGUUCGUUUUAAAAUUAUCAGAGUUACUGGAAGGAAUACUGGAUGAAAAACUACUGAAGUGGCCACUGUAAAGGUGGGUUUAGUGGCCACUUUAGUGUUCUCUCCAAGUAGUCCUUGGCGAGUCUCUACAGUGGCCCUAUAGUGGCCAAAAAUGAAACUCUCAUGAACUGGACGCAAGCUUCUAAAUUUCUCAGGGCCAAAGCAACAAGAAUUUGACGGCCUUUGAGAACUCGAGUCAACAAGUUUUGACAAUGUUCAAACAGUACUCGGGGAAGGUGCCGGCAGAUACGGAGAAAACGAUCGAAGAUUCGAUCAAAAACAGCCUCAAACUCGGAAAGACACUGACGGACGACUUGACCAAGGGAAAGCAGUUGGUGAGUCGAAAUUCUCGUGGAAAAUGAUUUUUGGUACAUGGACUAGUACUUGGGACAUUGAAAGGAGACUUGGUACCAUUAGAUACAAUUUUUUUCAUCUGAUUUCGGGUUUUUUUCAUAGCCAAUUUACCGAGGUCCUGAAAAGUCAAAAUCGAAAAAAAAAAAAAUCCAUACUUCUAGGAAUUGAUAGUGAAAGCUUUGGUGAACACGAAAAACUAGUUUUCCUUCUUAGGAACUUCAUAGUGCUCUCUAUAGGGGCCUUUGGAGGGUUCCCUCUAGAGAACACUUUACCAGCCCUAUAGGGUUCACUGAAUCUUGCAAAAGUGAUCCUUAGAGGGGACAUAAGUGUAAUGAACUCGAAGCGAAGAAGCAUUUCCAUGCAAAAAAAACUAAAAAAAAACCUUUUAUAAUUAAAUUGAAAGACCCCUAUGGGGACCACUUGAGCGUUAGGGGCUAAGGGGUCAGACUCUAAACCCCUAUAGGGACUACCUCAAUUUCACCCUUAUAGGGACCAGUUUUUCGGCCCCUAUAGGGACUGUUUUUGCCUCAUUUUUGAGCUUAUUUUUGGAAUCCUCGUAAAAAGUAUUCACUUGAGAAGCGAAAAUUGAGUUUUUUGAGAAUCUCAAUGCAUUUUAUCAAAAAUUUCAGUUGGAUGACAAGAAAACGGACCUUGCCAACAGUGAUCGGAGACGUUCCUCUGCUCAGAAUCUCAUACAGAAGUACGACAUCAAUGAUAAUGUGGAAAAUGAGAAGCAGAAAAUUGCCGUGAGUGAAUUUGACUUGUCUUCAAGGCACCGAGGCAAAAGAACCUGAAAAAAAAAAAAAUUAAAUGUAGUCCGUUUUUCGCCGCGACUUCUCUGCGCCCUCCAUAUCUCUCGAUGUCUCUCUUAUGUUCACAUGCUAUUUUUUGAUUCUCUGACCUCGCCGCACGGCGUUAUUGUAAGUGGAAGAAAAUGUGGAACCAAAAACACGAUGGGCGGAGCCAAAAUAUCCGCCGUUCCUACGUGACGUCAUGAGAACGGCAGAGCGUAAACAACAGGGCAUAUUAAAGGCGCAGGCAGCCGUAUUGCCAGAGGUCUUUAAGACGAAUCGAAGUUUCUCUACAUCAACGCAAUUUUCUGCGCGAAAGCGGCGCUGUGCAUGCACACGACACACGAUACUUUACGGAGAAAAAGUCGAAAAAACGCCGUGGCCGGUGAGGGAACAGAGAGACGCAGAGAGACUAUAGAUCCAAGGUAUCGCCGCGUUUUGGCGGAUUUUCAAAAACCGCAUGUCCGAUCUCCCCUUGUGGUUAUAAAACUAAUUCUAUUCAAGGUUGACCUCAAGGAAGUCCUGCCGGAGGGCACCGGAUUCUACAUUUUCAUUUCGCGUCUGGGCGAGAGAGUUGGCAGCGAGAUUUUCCGACCAUUGCACUACCUCUUCCUGGGCCUCUGUGAGACUUUUGACAAUUUAAAUAGGAAACAUUAAAUAUUUCUAGUCGAAAUUGCGUUGGCUGCAACUUUAAUGAUCUUCCCAAUGUUCACCACAACGCGAUACUUGUACAUGAAAAAAGGUUCAACGAUGGAAAAGACUGGUCAAUCCAAGGAGAAGGACGAGGAUGAGGACGGGGAGAACUCGAAGAAGACGGCCAAAAAAGAUGGUCAGAAGUUUGAGAAACCAAUAAUAAUUUUCUGAAAGUCGUUUUACUACACGGAAAGUGCGAAAGGUCGAGAUAUUGGAAUUUGAUGAAACUUUGUAUAUAGACACUUUCGAACACCCUGAAUCCAAAUAAGUUGAAAAGACGGGCGCUUUUGGUUUUAGUCGAGUUCAACAUGUUCAACUUGCUCAAAACGACAUAAAAGGGUGAAUUUCAACAUUUUGAGCGCUUUUUUUUAUUCCAUCUUCAAAAUUUCUUCAUUUUUUCGAAGAGAUAAAAUGGCAAAAAAAAAUGCACCAAAAGGGAUUGGAACCUGCGUUAAAGGCUCCACAGCACAAGGCCGCUAGCCACUACACCACGCGCCCUGCUGGCAGUUUAGAAAAUCUAUAGCUCCUGUCCCAGAUCUCUUCAAUCAAGCAUUAAUGGUAUCCUUGAAUGGUCUCAUGUUUGGUCUCUCCCACUCGCCUGAUAAAACGUUUUCUGUUCAUUUUGGCCCAAAUAAUCCUCGCACCCUUCACUAUGUUGACCUCCUAGAAGUUCCUCAAAGCUCCAUAGUACGUGACCUUGGUUUAUUUAUCGACGAUAAGCUUUCCUUUAAACAACAUAUCAGUCGUAUUGCUGCUUUUGCCACCUUACGUUCUAAUCAAAUACUGAAUACCUUCAAGUUCUCUUCACCUCUCAACUACUUCCGAAUGUUUCAAACUUACGUGGUUCCAGUCCUUGAAUAUUGCUCCGAGCUUUUCUCACCCGCCAUUUCCUCUGAUGAAUCUCACAAACUCGAAUCUUCACUCCGUCUCUUUAGUCGCAAAGUUUUCAUUCGUUGUAAUAUUAGUUUCACUUCUUACUCAGAUCGUCUUAGUCAAUUUAACAUCAAACCGUUAUUCAUUCGUCGUGAAAUUUGUGACAUUAUCACCUUGCAUAAAAUCAUCUGUGGCUCUGAUCAUUUUCUCGACCGUAAUAAAUUCUUCUCUUUAUCCCUUUUACAGAGGAAUCCACUUCGACUACGGACUACUGGUCAGUUUUCUAAUGACUUUUUUACUAGAACUAUUCCCCUUUGGAAUAAACUAACUUCUUUUAUUUUUUUUUUUAACUUCGUAAAAAGUUGAACGCUCUUCCUAUCGAAGCUUUUCAUGAAAAUAUCCCCUUUCGUCUCCUAUGAAAUCGUCAUAUUUCCGGGUACCUGUCAACUCGUUGGGGUUGACUCUUUCCCGUGUAUUGUUAUUUCUCUGCCUAUCCCUCACCUAUAUAUAUAUAUAUAUAUAUAUAUAAUGAGAGCGAUCAAGUCCAAAAAGAUUUUUUUUUUGUCAUAGCUUUGCAAACUCCUUUCAGCUUCUCUUAUGAACCCCGGUCAAGCCAGCAUCUUUCGAGUUUCAGGCGAGGGCGACUCGAACAAGCUGCUCAAGGAGAAGCCAAACCAGAAUGACCCCGCCGCCGAGCCGCUUCUCGAAUCCCAACAACUGAAGGGAGGAGCCGGUGCAGCGGCGGCGGCUGCCGAGAAAGCCAAGACUCAGGUCAACGAGUUGAACCCGAUGCAGUCGCAGAAGAAACAGUCGAAGGAGAAACCGACGCCGUCUCCCGCCGAGCCGGCGAAAAUGAAGCCCGUCGAGCCGGGCGCCGAGAAAAGCGACGCGAAUCCGUCCAAAAGCCUUGUUUUCCAGUGA